AAUAAAGAAAUAAUCCGUGCGACGUUCACGUACCGUUGUUGACUAUUACGUGCAAAAGAAAAUCAAGAAAAAUCCAGUCGUGGGGGCGCGUCUCUUUUCAGUGUAAGUAAAGCCCAAUCUGUGGAUCUAAUGGCUCGUCCACACUUUCAUAGCAGCAGAAAAAAAUGGGCAAUGGCAGCAGUUGGAGCCAUGAAAUCCAGAGCAAGGCAAAGAACAGUACGAAGAUGUGCAACUGGUACAUUAUCUGGUUCUUCUUACUCUUCCUCUCCUUCCUCCUCUACGCCCCCUGGCUUUUCCUAUCUCCUGCCCACAAUCUCCAGCCUCCCUGCAGGACAACAAGUAUCACAUCCCCGGAUCGAGUCCCCUUCCGAGGUGACUUGCGCGAGCUUUCCAGCUCGUGGAAUGAGCUCAGCUUCCCCUCGCGGCGGGACUCGAACCCGCGGUUGAAAAUAGCCCUGUUUGUGAAAAAAUGGCCGCUGGGCUUCGCCGCUGGAGGACUUGAACGCCACGCUCGAACCCUGCAUCGCGAACUCGCUCUCCGCGGCCAUGAAAUCCACGUCUUUACGACCUCGGCGCCCCGGGAUCGAGCCCCGCUGGACACAGCUGACCUCAAGCUAAUGACUUUUCAUUUCUCGAAGCCCACUGCGGCUGGGAACUUAAAUUCCCACGAAGCAUGGGAUCAAUUUGUGAUGGUUAAUCAAACCCUGAGAAAUGCAGAAGGGAAAACGGGGUUCGAUGUGAUUCACUCUGAAUCUGUUGCGCUGGCGCACGGCCAGGCAGCGGGGUUGCCUAACGUUGUUGCGUCAUGGCAUGGCAUCGGCUACGAGACGAUUCAUUCGGAUAUAGUGCAGGAUCUCACCAGAAACCCUGCUGAGCCUCGAACACUUGACUUGCAGAGAGCCUUGAACGAUCGCCUGCAACGAGUAAUCGAGGAGGUGAAAUUUUUUCCCUCGUAUGCUCACCAUGUUGGCACCAGUGACUCGGUCGGAGAAGUCCUGCGCACAAUCUACAUGCUGCCGAGAGAAAGAGUUCAUGUGAUUAUCAAUGGCGUGGACGAAGGGCUCUUUAAGCCGGAUGAAUCUGCUGGAAAAUCUUUUCGGCUCAAGUACGGGAUCCCGGAGAGCGCAGAUCUGGUGAUUGGCAUGGCCGGGCGGCUGGUGAAGGAUAAGGGCCACCCGCUGGUUUUCGAGGCGCUGCAAACCAUAAUUGGAAGCUCGGGUUCUGGAAACCCUAAUUUUUUCGUUUUAAUUGCAGGGGACGGGCCAUGGGCGGCUAGAUAUAAGGAAUUGGGGCAGAAUGUAAAAGUUCUUGGGCCACUCGGUGCGGCUCAGCUGGGGGGAUUCUAUAAUGCGCUGGAUGUUUUCCUGAACCCGACUUUGAGGGCGCAGGGGCUCGACCACACGACCAUUGAGGCCAUGCUUUGUGGGAAGGCGGUUAUGGUGUCGCACUUUGCGAGCGUGGUUAAGAGUUUGAUUGUGAGUGAGGAUUUUGGGUAUACUUUUAGUCCCAGGCUUGAGUCUUUGAAGAAAGGGCUGGAGAGGGUUUUGGAGGAUGGUAAGGGGGUUUUGAAGGAGAAGGGGUGGAACUGCAGGAGGAGGGCAGAGAGUUUGUUUACGGCCAAGAAGAUGGGGGCUGCUUACGAGAGGCUGCUUCUGUGCAUUGCAAAAGGGAAUUGGACGGGCAUUGAUUUCUGUAAGUAUCCUCUUACUGGUGGGGAUUGAAUCCUGUGGAUGAUCAUCUCAAAUUCGAAGUAAAAAGAUGUGGUGUCGAAUCUUAUCGGAGUAAUAUUAAAGCCUCAUUAAGCUGGAGUAAUAUUCAGAUACUUGGUCAUAUCAGCUAUUCUAGCUGCUUUCAAAUCAUCCAAAAUGUAAGAUUUCCUGAUUCUAUUGUCUAAGUUAACUUUUAAGUGUAGCCUUGGUAGAAUGGGUCUUCAGCAUAGCAGCAGUAGCUUCAACAUACAACGGAAUUAGACUACUACUGGGAUGGUGGGUCUCCAGGGAAGUGCCCUGCCAAAAAAUAGGAAUAAAUAUAGGUAUCAAAGAUUUCAGAUUUUCAAAGGUAAGCAUAAUAUUGUCUGCAAGCAACUGCGUAAUAGUUUUUGAUUCCAUCAUUUUGAGGAUUCUUUGACACUCCUCUUGAGGGAAUCAUCAGAUCAAAGAUAGAAGUAAUCAAUUCAUUUGAAAGAUAGAAAGUGUGUUUUGGUCCCUGUCAAAAACCAUAAGUGAAAUAAAGGUUUCGCUUUGUGUUUGGGACAAAAUUAACUAACCAUUUAGUUUAGAGGUGAAGUUAUUGUAUGCUGACAUUCCCAAUAAUGGUGUCAUAUCGCUUGUAAUUGUAAACCUACAGCAAAAGCUCAAUCUGGUAUGUAGCGAGGCACACGCAAUUAUUUUGAUUUUAUUCUUAAGCUUUUUAUAUAAAGAACUCUAAUAACUUUGACCAGGAAUGAGGUAAUAUAGGAUUUGAUCUCGAAUCAUAUUGCUUAUGA